AUUUCCUUUUAGAGUAUAAAAGAAAAAGUAAUCCGAAACGGAUCAUGGGAAGAGGAAAAUUCCGGUUUAGAAAACGGAAGGGCGGAGCCCUAAGCUCACAAACGGAUCUCCCGCCGAAACUUACCUAACAACGUUCUAGGCUAUCCGGUCAGAAUUUCUUUCAGCCUCUUUCGCCGUGGAAAAUGGCGUCGCCGGUUGAAUCUCGCCGUCCCGAACUCCGGAAGGACUCAGUAACUAAUCGUUGGGUCAUAUUCUCACCUGCUCGAGCUAAACGACCCUCCGAUUUCAAAUCCAAAUCCCCAGCCCCUUCUUCUACUGAUUCUCCUCAAACAUGCCCCUUCUGCAUUGGCCAAGAGCACCACUGCGCUCCCGAGAUCUUUCGAUUUCCUCCUCAGAACCCCGACUGGAAAGUUCGCGUUAUUCAAAAUCUCUAUCCUGCUCUCAGUAGGGAUAAGGAUCUCGAUUCUUCAACUUCCCUGAGCUCCGGUUCACUCUUAUGGGGUUGCCUUUUGGACGGGUAUGGGUUCCACGACGUCAUCAUUGAGUCUCCUGUUCACUCAGUUCAUCUCUCUGAUUUGACCCCCGAGGAUGUCGCUCAAGUUCUUUUUGCGUAUAAGAAGCGGAUUCUGCAGCUCGCAAGCGAUGACAGCAUCAAAUAUGUUCAGGUGUUUAAAAACCAUGGUGCCUCAGCUGGGGCAUCAAUGACGCACUCCCACAGUCAGAUGGUGGGUCUUCCAGUCAUUCCUCCCUCUGUUACUACUCGACUUGAUAGUAUGAAGCAGUAUUUCAAUGAGACGGGGAAAUGUAGCAUUUGUCAUGUUCCUACAAAGGACCUUUUGGUUGAUGAAUCAGUCCAUUUCAUUUCUGUUGUUCCCUAUGCAGCUUCGUUUCCGUUUGAGCUCUGGAUCGUUCCCCGUGACCAUGUUUCUCAUUUUCAUGAGCUAGACCAGGAGAAGUGCAGGCUGUUGAUCUUGGAGGGCUAUUGAAAGUGACACUCAUAAAGAUGUCUCUGCAGCUGAACAAACCACCAUUCAACUUCAUGAUUCACACUUCUCCCUUGCAGGCUUCGGAUUCAGACUUAGCUUACAGCCACUGGUUUUUUCAGAUUGUUCCUCACCUUUCUGGUGUAGGGGGGUUUGAACUAGGAACUGGUUGCUACAUCAAUCCUGUUUUUCCAGAGGAUGCUGCUAAAGUCAUGAGGGAGGUUAACAUUUCUAUAUAGGCUCAGGCCCAGGAUAUAUAUUACCUAGGUAGCACAAGUACAAUAAUGAGAUGGACGCAACAUGACAUGGACAUGGGUAUUGCUCUGGAUAAAGAGAGUGGGAGCACGUGUUAUAUGAUUGGAGCAAGAGACCAGCACACCAAGAAUAAGAGAAUGUAGAUAUUAUUCCCACUUUCAAUCCAGGGAAAUCCAUCGCACCUUUAAUCGGAAAGGAGGAAAAUCCCCAUUGGUAGUAGGCGGAAGCCGCAGCCUAAAGAACCGAUCUCCCGCCGAAACCUUCAUGAGAACAUCAAUCAAUAAUCCAACAGCAAGAUCAGCGACAUCUUCAGAGUACAAGUCCGGAACAUAGGCAAUACCGAUCCGACGGCGGCGUAACUCCGGCAAGUCGAGGUGGUCAACACCGGCGCUAGUAGUGACGAGGAGCUUGAGCGCCGGAAGGCAAUCGAGGACGGCGGAGGUGACCAGAAAGCAGCCGCCGGGGAUGAGUAAGGCCUGUGUGGAUUGGGCAUAAGAAGAAAGGAAUUGAAGAAGAGGGAGAUCGGAAAGAGAUGGUAUGAGGAAAUGGAAUCGGUUUGAGAAUUGAGAUCGGAGAGCGGGUAAUACCCAUGGAGAACCUAAAACCAAAACUUGAUGAAGGUUUUUGCCAUGGCCUUCGGAUUCUUCUUCCAUUCUUCUUCUUGGCUUUGGGUAAGGCCGCUGCUCUUACCAAAAUACAUAAAAUUUUUGUGGCUAAAAUGGAAAUGGAUUUCCCCAAAUUUGUUUUUCUCCUUUGGAUAAGACUCCUUGAAGAUUGUAGUUUGUGGACAAAAUUAUUUCAUCUCUUUAUAUAAUAUAAUAAAUAGAGCAAAAUAAUAUCAAAGUAUUUAUGUCUA